CCAUGGUCGCCGUCAAGAACAAAGUCUGCCUCAUCGUCCACGAUGGCUGGGGCAUCGCGCCCGAGCCCAACAUGAAGGGGGAUGCGAUAUCCGCCGGCACCACGACGAACAUGGACACGAUCGCGAAGGAGCACAGCGUCCGCACCCUCCACGCGCACGGGAUCUCGGUCGGCCUGAGCGACGGGCUGAUGGGCAACUCGGAAGUCGGGCACCUGAACAUCGGCGCGGGGCGCAUCGUCUGGCAGGACAUCGUCAAGAUCGACGUCUCGAUCAAGAAGCGCCAGUUCCACAAGAACGAGGUCAUCCUCGAGAGCUGCAAGCGGGCGAAGGAGGGAAACGGCCGCCUGCACCUCCUCGGUCUGGUCUCCGACGGCGGUGUGCACUCGCACAUCAGACACCUCUAUGCGCUGCUCGAGACGGCUAAGGAGCAGGGCGUGCCGCACGUGUACAUCCACUUCUUCGGUGAUGGGCGUGACACUGCGCCGCGUUCCGCCGCGGGGUAUGCGAAGGACCUGCUCACCUUCAUCGAGAAGGAGAAGUACGGCCAACUCGCGACCGUCGUCGGCCGCUACUAUGCGAUGGACCGCGACAAGCGCUGGGAGCGCGUCAAGAUUGCCGUCGACGGGCUCGUCAAGGGUGAGGGUGAGGAGGCCGCGGACAUCGUGCAGGUAAUCGAGGAGAGCUACAAGAAGGACCUGACGGACGAGUUCCUCAAACCGCUCAUCGUCAACGGCGAUGAGGGCCGCGUCAAGGAUAACGACACGUUGUUCUUCUUCAACUACCGCUCUGACCGUAUGCGCGAGAUCGCGUCCGUCUUCGGUCUGCCCGACAAGCCGAUGGAGGUGGACGUCCCGAAGAACCUUCACAUCAGCACAAUGUCGCGAUACAACGCCGAGUUCCCCUUCCCGGUCGCCUUCCCCCCUCAGGCAAUGACCAACGUCCUGGCCGAGUGGCUCGCGAAGCAGGGCGUAAAGCAGGCGCACGUCGCUGAGACCGAGAAGUACGCACACGUCACGUUCUUCUUCAACGGCGGCGUCGAGAAGCAGUUCGCUGCGGAGGAGCGGCACAUGAUCCCGUCGCCCAAGGUCGCGACGUACGACAAGGAGCCGAAGAUGAGCGUCCAGGGCGUCGCGGACAAGGUCGCGGAGAUCGUCAAGAAGGGCGAGCACGAGUUCGUCAUGUGCAACUUCGCGCCGCCGGACAUGGUCGGCCACACGGGCGUGUACGACGCUGCCGUCGAGGCGAUCACGCAUACUGACGCAGCGGUCGGGACGGUGUACAAGGCGUGCCAGGAGGCGGGCUACGUCCUGCUCAUCACCGCGGACCACGGGAACGCGGAGCAGAUGGUCAACCCCCAGACGGGCGCGCCGCACACCGCGCACACGACGAACCCCGUACCGUUCAUCAUGUCGGGCGACCCCAAGAAGCUCGCGUUCGCGGAGGACAAGAAGGACGGCGACGAGGAGGAGGGCGCACUGUGCGACGUCGCGCCGACGGUGCUGGACAUUUUGGGUCUGCCCCAACCCGAAGAGAUGUCUGGGCGCACCUUGCUUGCGAAGGGCAACUGAGAAGACACUGCUGACAAGAAGUAAAGAAAGACGCUGUAAUUCCAACGUUGAUGUAUCACCCUGAGAGGAAGAAGGUCGUAGCAAAUAGAUAUGUAGUUCUAACAGCGUUACAUGGACUCUAGAAUGACGGUUGCCAAUAGACUUCAGAGAAACAAUCUAUAUCGACGACGUUGGCGCCG